UGUCCCAACUUUUACCUUACCUGGUGUCCAUAUGGACCACCAUCACACCUGUACCUGGUGUCCCAGUGACCACUGUCACACCUUACCUGGUGUCCAUAGACCACCAUCACACCUGUACCUGGUGUCCAUACGACCACCAUCACACCUGUACCUGGUGUCCCAGUGACCACUGCCAUCAGACCAGUGACCAUCAGACCGCUAACAGAGACCACUAGCGUUCCUCCCGAUACAGGAAGGGUGGAAGUAUUGUCUACUACUUCCACAACAACUACACAAGAACCAACUUCUUCCUGGUCUGGUCCAGUAACCACAACCAGCUCCUCGUCCUCCACCACGUCAGUUCCCAGACCCACUAGCCACCCAGAGAGAGUCACUACCAGAGUGGUUUCUACUUCUAAAGUGGUCUCCAAGACCACCCACAGACCAAUGACAACAACACGCAGGACAACAACAGGCAAGGUUCCCAUGACGACGUCCAGAACUGCCACAACGGUGAGGUCCACCGCCAGACCGAGCACUGUUAGGGUAACUGUAGAUACAAGGACUCUGGGGGUUCCAGGGGUUCCGACAGCGACGACCAGACCUGGUCCUCCUACGGUYGCUCCUCCUAGCCUCGGCACAGCUACCGUCUCGGAGGUUGUUCCAACCACGACCGCUCGUACCACGACCAAACCAGUCACCACAACCAGAACCACAGAAUAUGCAGCAGACGUUAKCAGCUCCGCUGCUCCGACCGGCACUGGCACGACCACAUCCGCUUCUGUUUCYGUUCCCAGCCUGACCACGGUCACAGAAUCUAUCGCCGUCCCCACAGGACCCACAGGAGCGACCGCAGAACCAUCCACAUCCACCACUACUACACCAGAAGGAAUAGUACCAUCCACCACUAGAGAGACAGGGGUUACUCCAGCAUUCACAGAGAGCACAACCAGAAUGACUCCUUCACCUGACCURCUGACCUCUACUGAGGUCGCWGCCACUCCAGGGGUCACACCAAAGGUCACGCCAAAGGUCACACCAGAUGUGACAGCAGCUCUCUCAGUCCCCGCCUUGCCCCCCACGGCCACCCCAACCUCCGCUACAGAGCCAGAAAGGGUGGACGGAGUAGACACCACUACACCAAAGACUCCAUCACCAUCACCUGUGUCGCCGUACACCACAUCAGAGACAACCACGUCACCAUCGGUAGUAUCGCCAUAUACCACGACAGAACUUGGACCUGUUGGACCUACUGCAGAGGUUACUACAUCCAUGGCAGUGUCCUCAACUAGGAUGUGUACUCCUCCCUAUUCAGAGAUCAUAGAUGAGUGUACCAAGUUCCUCUGUGUGAGCGGCCAGCUGGUCCGAUUCAACAUGUCCCAGAACUGUCUGUAUAACUCCACCCCUCCUAACUGCGGCCUGCUCGGCUUCGCCAUCCUGGUCAACGGGGACAAGUGCUGCCCGCAGUGGGACUGCCCAUGUGAGGACAACUGCUAG